GGAACAUGGUUGAAAGCCAAAGGGCCCCCUCCCAUUCACUCAUUGGUUAAGUGAGACAAAACAAUCUCUCCACUCUCUCUCACCCAUCAUUCUCGACCAGCACACCCCAAGGAACGAGGGAAGAGCCUUUCACACCAUCUUCCAUAGCUUCACCUUGAGCUCAAACAAGGACAAGUCCACAAAGGAAGUUUAAGGAGGGAAAAAGUGAGGAAAGGCUUGGAUAAUGAAGGCACUUGUAAAGGGUAUUUCAAGUGAUUUCACAAAGUUGGAAAAGUCGCCGGAGUUAUCGCCGGAGUUGACCAAAAGUCGCCGGAGUUUCACCGGAGUUCAACCAAGAAGGGUAGAACUUCAUAACGCUAGUUCAAGAUUUCAUCUUCACACUCUUAAGCCUGUUCGUACCCCUCUUGCUACACGAACUAAACUUUCUCUCACUGAUGGGGAUCUCCUAGAAGAUCCAUCUGAGUACAGAAGUAUGGUAGGUGCUUUACAGUAUUUGACUAUGACUCGACCUGAUAUUACAUUUGCUGUUCACUUGGUUUCUCAAUUUAUGCAUGCGCCCCGUACACCUCAUCUUUUGGCUGUUAAGCGUAUUUUCAGGUAUCUUCAGGGGUCUAUCUCGCAUGGAUUACUAUUUCGGCCGAGCACUACUACUCCUACCAUACAGGCUUACUCCGAUGCUGAUUGGGCUGGCUGUCCUGAUAGCAGUCGGUCCACCUCUGGUUUUGCUAUUUUUCUAGGUCCAAAUUUGGUUUCUUGAAAGGCUAAGAAGCAACCAACUGUCUCUCGUUCUUCCGCUGAAUAUAGGGCAAUUGCAUACACAAAUCAGGAUACUCUGCAUAUACGCUCCAUCUUAUUUGAAUUGGGGUUUCCUGUUCAUGCACCAGUCACACUGAUGUGUGAUAAUAUUUCGGCUUCUUAUUUGUCAGCUAAUCCUAUUCAGCAUGCUCGGAGUAAGCAUAUCAGCAUUGAUUAUCAUUUUGUACGUGAACGAGUCUCCCAUGGUGAUCUCAUUGUUCGUCAUGUUCCAACUUAGUUUCAGUUAGCAGAUAUUUUGACAGAGUUUAUCUCCGCAGCGUUUUAUUUUUCUUAGGGACAAUCUGCGCAUUGUUUCCCCUGCACAGCUUGAGGGGGUGUAAUAGAGUAAUUAUACUUUAAUUAGGUUUCCAUAUUUAUUUGUUUCCUAAUGUACUCAGAACUCUUUUAUUAUAUAUAUGACAUCUAG